AAAAAAACCAACCGGAAUCAGAGAGAAGCAAGUAAGCGAGAGAGAGAGAGAGAGAGAGAGGGGUUUGGGCGGAGGUGGUGAUGACGAUGGACAGAGAGAAGGAGAGAGAGAUAGAGCUGGAGAGUGCAAUGUACACUAACUGUUUGCUUUUAGGGUUGGAUCCGGCCAUUAUCGGAGUCGGAGGCUCCAACGGCACACCUAGAGUCGGUUUGUUCCGUCACUCAAACCCUAAAUUGGGUGAACAGCUUCUCUACUUCAUCCUAUCCUCCCUCAGAGGCCCAAUUCAAUCUGCCAAAGAUUUCGAUAAGGUUUGGCCAAUCUUCGAUUCGGCCCAAUCACGGGAUUUUCGAAAGGUCGUGCAAGGGAUUAUCAGCGAGCUAGAAUCACAAGGGGCUCUUCCGAGAAGCAAUUCGAGGGUUUCUUCACUUGCCACGUGCUGUGGACCGAGGUUUGUAGAACUUCUGUGGCAACUUUCUCUGCAUGCUUUGCGAGAGGUUCAUCGACGGACAUUUGCAGCUGAUGUGGCUUCUAACCCACUUCCUGCAUCACUGACAGAUGUGGCCUUUUCACAUGCAGCUACACUACUUCCUGUAACCAAGGCUAGAAUAGCUCUUGAAAGAAGGAGGUUUCUUAAGAAUGCGGAAACUGCAGUGCAACGGCAGGCUAUGUGGUCAAAUUUGGCUCAUGAAAUGACUGCAGAGUUUCGUGGACUUUGUGCUGAAGAGGCUUAUUUGCAGCAAGAGCUGGAAAAACUGCAUGAUCUUAGAAACAAAGUGAAGUUGGAAGGAGAACAUUGGGAUGAUCUUGUUUCUAGUUCGAGUCAGAAUUCUCAUUUGGUAUCAAAAGCUACUCGUUUGUGGGAGUCUAUAUUGUCCCGUAAAAGCCAACAUGAAGUUCUUGCUUCUGGCCCCAUUGAGGACUUAAUUGCUCACCGGGAACAUAGGUACCGCAUCUCUGGAUCUUCUUUGCUUGCUGCUAUGGAUCAAAGUUCUCAGGUUCCUUAUGCAGAUGUCUUAUCUGUCCAGUCUGGUGGCCUAACUUCAUCACAUCUGGAUGACAAAGAGCAAGGUGAUGGAUCAUAUGUGAAUGUUAAUAAGGAAAAGAUGAAGACCAAUUUAGACUUAUCCCUUUCACAAGUAAAUGAUGAAACACUUUCUAGAGCAGAUGAAAGAAGUGGAAGGGUCCACCCAACUGUUGAUGUAGCUGAAAUUAUCAGGCGAUGGACUCAUGCUUUACAACGUAUUCAUAAACAGUCGCUUCAUUUGGCAAAAGCUAAUGAUGGAGAAGGUCCAGAAAUUUUACGAAGUGGUCAUGAUGGUGGUUCUAGUGGGCAUGCUGAAUCUUUGGCUGCAACUCUCACUGAGCAUCAGCAACAUUUAGCUAGCUUUCAGGUGCUCAUUAACCAACUGAAGGAGGUUGCUCCGGCCAUACAGAAGUCGAUAUCAGAUUGUACAGAGAAAGUUAAUAGUAUAUCCUCCAAUAUGCCUCCAAUGGCCAGCCGUCCUGGCCGUUCAACAUCACCUAUCGAAGCACAUAGCAGCGGACGAACAGUGGAGAAUAGUACUGAUGACAUGGCUGAGGUGACUUCAAAGAUGUCUACUGUUCAGCUUGACAAGGUGUCAGUGAGUCCUACUUUAAAGCUCCCGCAAUUAUUUACUUUGACACCUAAUUCUUCUGGAAAAGGUGGAAAUGUUCAGAAGCGUUACUCUUCAGCUCCUCAGACUAACCAAGCAGAAAAUCUGUCUGAGAGGAAAUCUUUGGAGCAACCUUUGUCAAAUAAUCACAUAGAUAGUCUAUCACAAGAUAGUGACAAUUCAUUUGUCCUGAAUUUAAAAAGAUCUGUUAGAGAAGCUGCUCUGUCAACACAAUCCUUCAAUUCAGAAUCAUCAAGAGAAAGUCGUUCCGAUGAAAGCUCUGAGCACUUCUUCUUACCUCUUUCAGCAUCUGGUUUUUCUCGUCUUAGCCCUGAAACUAAAGGGAAUUCAAUAAGGAGUAAAAGGUUGUUUGCUUCUCAGACAGAUUCUUCCUUGCUUGAAAGCCGUGCUUCUGAUGCUCACGUGGAGAGCAAGUAUGGUGAAUUAGCUGACGUAUUGAAUGGUUUGGAUUCACUAAAUGACUAUGACCAAGUAAAUGGGUUUCUUUCUGUUGAUGGUUCAAAUGGUUUUUCUUUUGAUGCACAAAGGUCGCUUUAUGACAUUGACGAAACUCAGGAUCAGGUUUUUUCACCUCCUUUGCUAAUGGACUCCUCGCUGUUAGCAGAUUCGUAUGAGGACUUGCUUGCUCCACUAUCGGAGACUGAAACGGCCUUGAUGGAUCAUUGAAUUAGAGUACGAGCAACCUUGUCAUUUGUUUACAUUUUGAUGUAUUUUACAUUGUAUAUGGUUGACAGAUGCCCAGGACCGACUUUAGGGGACUCAGAAAGAAUUCCCCUCCACCCUACCCCCAAAAAGAAAACAAAUCAUGUUACGUAUAUGGUAUUUAUUAUAUUCAUUUUCUUCAA